GCUACGCCCGCCCACCACUCCAAUAUAAGAUGCAGCCAGGUGUCAGUCAUCCACCGGCUGCUUCCUUCACCUUCAUCUGUGAAUAAAAACCCUGAAGCAACAGUAUCAAGACGUGCAGGAUGAUCCUGACUGCGGGUAUCUGUUUGAUCGUCACCAGUUUGGCCACCAUCACGACUGCAAGUUCUGGAGUGGUUGAUGGCAAUUACUGUGCUAGAAACAGUGAUGGGUAUUACGCCAACCCAAACGAUGCCACUUGUUACUACAUGUGUUCCUGUGGAGGAACCUUCAACCGAUGCUGCCUGACAGGUUACAUCUUCCAAGAAAGCUCCAGCAAGUGUGUACCAAACCCAAACACAACCCCUGCUCCCACAGCUACAACUACUAGAUCUACAACUACACCGACCACAACUACUACAACUACUCGGUCUACCACAAGCAUUACAACUACUUCAAUCCCUGGUUUCUGCCAGGGGAUGAGUGAUGGAUAUUACGGCAACCCAAACAAUGACACUUGUUACUACAUGUGUUCCUGUGGAGGAACCUUCAACCGAUGCUGCCUGACAGGUUACAUCUUCCAAAAAAGCUCUAGCAACUGUGUACCAAACCCGAACCCAACCCCUGCUCCCACUACUACAACUACUACACCAACCAGAACUACUACAACUACCCCGACCACAACGACUAAACCUACGACAACUACUCAACCCACCAAAACUACUACAACUACUAAACCUACUGCCCUGACCACAACUACUAAAUCUGCUACAACUACUUCACCCCCUAGUGUCUGCCUGGGGAAGAGUGAUGGGUAUUACGCCGACCCAAACAGUCCAGGUUGUUAUUACAUGUGUUCCUGUGGAGUAACCUUCCCCAAAUGCUGCCUGACAGGUUACAACUAUAAAGCUAGUUCCAGCAGCUGUGGGUGACUGUGAAGCAUUUCACAUAGCUUCAUCAAUAACAUAAUAUGUUAAAGUUUCCUAAAUUUAAUUUUUACUCAUAAUGAUUCUCCAUUGUGCUUGAAAAAAGGCUAAAUAACUGCUAUUUUGCGCUUCUAAAUUCCUUCUUUACAAUGAAAAAUCUAUUUACACAGCCAGUCUCUCCAUCAUUGCAACUUGUAUUGACAGUGAAUUGUUUUGUUUGAAUUUGUUUUCAGACAUCCAGCAUGUUGAACAUAAUAAAGGAUUAUUGCAUGAAAUUGUAUUUUGCUUGUAAUUCAACUGCUUGGUUUACUGUAUGCUAACAUCCAAAUAAACCUAUACUCAUACUCUA